AUGGUGCAACAACUACUCACAGAAGAUCUAAGUUAUUCAUUUGCAGUAAUUUUCCAAGAGGAAGCUUGGUUUGACUCGGUGAGUAUUCUGGAGUCUGACUCGGAUGAUGACUUUAUCAAUAUACAUGGAGAUGGUUUUCCAUUAGCAAGCAAUCCAGUUGGGAAUAUCUCAAGUGGCCAAGUACUUCAGCAUGAAAGAUUUGCUCGCUUUGUUGAUAAUGAGUGUAAGUAUGAAGAAUAUGGAGGUAAAUCAGAUAAAAUCACAGGCAAAGAUGAGCGCAGGGAAUCAAAUCGGUUUUCGCUUAUUAAUACCCAGCGCUAUGAGCUUUCUCACUUAGGGAAGGCAGAUGAAGUUUGCAGUAAGAGGAAGAAUAUAGUAGAUCACUCUUAUGGAAGCUUUAAAGGACUUACAGAAGAUGGACGUGAUUCUAAUGAAAAAAUUCAAGACAAUGCCCUGAAAUCCGGCUUAUCUCAAUUAUAA